AGCAGGGUUUUCCUUGCCAGUGAAUCGUGUAGAGUACACUGCCAGUCUCUUGUCUUCUCUUCACCAUGGCUUCUUCUGAUAUCCAGGUGAAGGGACUGGAGAAGCGUGCCUCAGGCCAGGCUUUUGAGCUGAUUCUCAGCCCGAGAUCAAAAGAAUCUGCCCCAGAAUUUCCCCUUUCCCCUCCUAAGAAGGAUCUUUCCCUGGAGGAAAUGCAGAAGAAAUUAGAAGCUGCAGAAGAAAGACGCAAGUCCCAUGAAGCGGAGGUCUUGAAGCAGCUUGCUGAGAAACGGGAGCACGAGAAAGAAGUGCUUCAGAAAGCGAAAGAGGAGAACAACACCUUCAGUAAAAUGGCGGAAGAGAAGCUGACCCACAAGAUGGAAGCCAGUAAAGAGAACCGGGAGGCACAAAUGGCUGCCAAACUGGAGCGUUUGCGAGAGAUGGAUGAGCACAGUGAAGAAGCGCAGAAGAACAAAGGAUCCAGAGACCCUGCUGACGAGACUGAAGCCGACUAAUCUGAUCUGAGAACUGACUUCCUCCCCGCCCCCUUCCUAAAUAUCCAAAGACUGUACUGGCCAGUGUCAUUUUACUUUUGCCCUCCUGACAAAUAUUCUAGAAGCUGAUGCAGGACUAUAGGUAGAUCCAGAGGGUAUGAUGUUGUUCUAGGGGCUAAAGGGGAGAAACGAAAGGUGUUUUACUCUUUUUCUGAAGUGUUGAAGUCUUUCUAAUGUAGCUAUUUUUCUUGUUGCAUCUUUUCUACCUCAGUACGCCUGGUGUGCUGGGUUAAUGGCUAGUACUGUAUUGGCUCCGUGCAAACAUGUCUGUGAAAAGAGUAUGUAGUGGCUUCUUUCAAAUUGUUAGAUGCUGAAUAUCUGCUCACUUUUAAAUCCCAAUUCUGUCCCGAUCUUCCAGAUGCUACUGUACUUGAAUGGUUAAUAAAGCUGCACAGUGCUGUUUAAAAAAAAAAAAAAACCUCAGGAAGACAUUUUUAACAGAUCCCAGUAUCCUUUCCACUUAACCUAGACAAGACUUCAGAAUCCUUCUCAACACAGCAGCCCAGGUAACCAGAAGGAGCUGUCAUGAGAGUGAAAACCUGUUUGUCAUCAGCAACCCAGACUAGAGGCUUCUUAAGAAGCUUCCCCCAGCACAUAGAGCACGAUGCCUACCACAAAGGAAAGGGAUGAAUUUUCUUCACAGGUUUACCAAUAAAUUAAAUCUGUGACUCAAUUCUAGUUAACCCAAUAAAACAUUUUAAAAAUGCAGAUUUUUAAAGACAGAUGUUGUAGCUUUAAAAAAAAUUUUUUAGUUCUUUUAUUAAUACUAUUUCAAGAUAGAAGAUUACAGUAAAUCUUCAUGAAACUGGAUUUGGCAAUGAUUCUUAGCUAUGAUAACAAAAGCACAUGCAACAACAACAAAAAAAAUUGAGAGAUGAGACCCUUUGAUACGUUCUUGUGGUAAAGAAUCCCCCUGCCAAUGCAAGAGACACAAGGGAUUCAGGUUCAAUCCCUGGGUUGUGAAGAUUCCCUGGAGCAAUAUAUGGCAACCCACUCCAAUAUUCUUGCCCAAGAAUCCCAUGGACAGAGAAGCCUGGUGGGCUACAGUCCACGGGGUCACAAAGAGUCAGACACGACUAAGUACAUGCAUGCACACACACACAUCUAGAACAUAUAAAGAACUCCUGCAACUCAACAACAAAAAGAGUAAUGACCUUGUUAAAGUAGACAAAGGACUUGAAUAGACAUUUCUCCAAGAAGAUAUAUAAAUGGCCAAAAUGCAUAUGAAAAGAUGGUCAACACCAUUAAUAUAGAAGGAAACAAAAAUCAAAAUCAUAAUGACAUACCACUACACAACUGCUAGGAUGGCGACCCUAGCAAAAAAUAAUAAUA